GCAGACUUCGUUUUCCGGUGUAAUUUUUAACCAAAACAUUGUGACAGUCGAUUUCAGAUUUGGAAGACCACGAUGUUAAUUAAUCGAAAUGGAAUAUAACACAAUAGUCUUUGACCUUCACAUCUGCGGUGCCUGCAGAAAAGAAUACAAUGACUACCAGGAGCUUAUCAAGCAUAAAGAAGAAUGCAUUGUUUUGGAAGAGCUAAAGCAGCAGAGAAUAUUGUCCAUCAGACACACUGGAUCAGCAAUCCAGCAUGCUCCUAUUGGAGAAAGGUACAAAGAGAAUUCUAGAGACUGGUCACCAUCUGUGAAAAGAGACAAUGUCCUUUUGAAGUCUUCAGUAGAAACUGGUGCAUAUAAUCAGUUGUCUUCAAGUGUAGUUCCAGUCGCUUCCUUACAACCUCCUGUAAACCUAAAUCCAGAACAGCUGCCAGUACACACAGAACAGACAGUUCUACAGACAACAUCAGUGAACAGCAAUAGUGAUAUUUCACAACACAGGUCUGGUGAGACUGUUGAACUUCAGCCACAAAUUGUGCAAAAACCUCCAUAUUCUAGCAAUGUUGUCCCUGAUAGUUAUUUAUCAAAGCCUCAACAUGAGCUGGUUAGCAGUGGGAAUCAAGCAGCCACACCAGUCGGGCAUGAGUACGCCAGGCAGGCUCUGGAGGAGGGGGGAGGUAAAGAAGAGGAUCCUAGCAGUUCACAACCAGUGUGUCAAAUUGUCACCACAAACAAUGAGAGGUACCUCAUCAUUACCAACACUGGGCAGGGAGAUAUAUGUAUACCUAUUACAGACGAGAACAAAGAUGUUCUGACGUUGCUUCAGAGCUUCAUGAAGGACUCUAAUGAACAAGGUUCUCUUUUCACCACAAAUCUCCAAAAGGCCACAGAUGACCUAAAAGAUAGACAUUUCACAAAUCAACAGGAACUCGCCAGUGAUAUACAAAAUUCAGUGCCCCCUUUACUUCCAAAUCCUGAUGUUAAUGCAACAAAUUCUGGAGCUCUGCAUUCUCUGCUUGGGCAGCAAUUAUCAAAACCAGUCGUGUACCCCCAGCAGAUGGGAAACAACAUAGAAGGAAUUCAGAAUUUACCACAACCAAUUCUCCAGAUGCAGUUAGACCACAAUGCAUCAUUCUCCCUGUUGUCCCCCUCACAAGUCAAUUCCAAUAUCCUGUCAGACUCUUCCCACAAUACCCCUCAAUCUCAGCAACACUUGUUGCAAGAAUCCAUUCACAUGCCAACUGUUGCAAAUCCGAAUCAAUCACUACCUCGUCAAUCAUCCACAAUAAAUGUACCUGUAUCAGAAAUAAGUGUGAAUACAACCAGUGAUAUAACUCCUUUAUUAAUCAGCACUGAUCACCACAAUCUCCAAAAGCUCGCUGAUAUCCCACUGACACCAAAUACAGUUCUAACAUCACUUGGCAAUUUGAGUAAAUAUGCCAACACUGACAAUAUUGAGACUACAGGAAUACACAGUGUAGAUAAUGCAUCCAAUGAACCAGACCGACAUGCGAAUCAUAAUAUAACAGAGGGGUCCCUCCAGAAUCUGGAGAUGAGCAGUGUGGUGUACAUGGGAGACAACAGCUACUCAGUGCAUUUCCAGACGCAAGGCAAGUCCAACCAAACCAACCUGUCCACUGAAACUCUCUGUGUGGAUUCUCAAGACGUAGGUCUUAACCAGCUGGUGGAAGAUGGAGUUACCUCCACCAGCCAGACAAUGGAUGGUAAAAUUAGUGCAGAGAACCAGAUGGUGGAGGGUGGAGUAAGCAUGUCUAAUGAGGAGGAGGUACAGGAGAGUCAGGUGGUGGAACAGCUCCACCAGGCCUACCUCAGAACUCAACAGAACAAGGAGAAACAACUCAGUCAGCAGCACAAAGUGAAGUCGAAGCAGACGACAGUGCAGAGGUCACCAGAAGACAGUAAACAGAAACACACACGAAAAAAGAAAUAUAAGUGUUCAGUUCGGGACUGCAACUUUGUGUUUGCGUACAUGAAAGAUCUGGAACGUCACAUGCGAGUUCACACAGGAGAGAGGCCGUACAGCUGUGAAUAUUGUAACAAAAGUUUUAGUCGUCUAGACAAACUCCGCCUACAUAUCAGGGGCCACACAGGAGAGAAACCAUUCAAAUGUGAACUCUGUAACUACAGAGCUGUUGACAAUGGAAGCUUAAAAAAACACAUGGCAGUGCACAGUAACGACAAACCUAUCAAGUGUCAGACCUGCCCAUAUGCCUGUCGAACCAGCAGUCAGCUUGUUGUUCACCUUCGUAAGCAUACAGGGGAUGCCCCUUUCUCCUGUCUGUACUGCGAUUCAAAGUUCAAAAUUAAAUCCGAUAUGAAACGCCACAUGCGCACCCAUACCGGUGAAAAGCCAUUCAGGUGUGAGCAGUGCGACUUUAGCUGUUCGGCUAAAAGUAACUUGGUCAGCCAUUAUAAUGUUCACCACUCAAGUACCCAGCUAAAUUGUGAAAAUUGUGACUUUUCUACUUCCUCUAAGAGAUCUUUCUUUGAACAUCAGAAGACACACUCCACACCAGAUCCAGAAAAUAUCUGCAGCGUGUGCCAGUAUGUGUGCUGUAACAAACAGACCCUUAAAACUCACAUGAUCAAUGCUCACAACUUCAAACUCUAUGUCUGCAAGGACUGUAACUUCUGCAGCAAAAGCAUGAAAAAGGCCAGAUAUCAUUAUAACACUUGUGGUUCAAGUCGAAAAUCAUCCAUUCACCACAGAAAGUCUAAGAAAAACAGGAAUUCUCGGGAAGAUGAUACACAGGGUAGAAAAUAUGAGAAAAAUUAUGUGUGUGAGAUUUGUGAAGAAGCUUUUGUGAGAAAGGAUUCUCUGAACAGUCAUCUGAAGCUUCACCGAGAGAGAACACAAUCAACUUUAUCCACUGCAUUGACUGUGUUGGAGCUACAACAACCUGUUAUAAACAACACAGCAGCUCCACCUGGUGGGGACCAAAAGUCUGAUAUGGAGGUGGUCACCAUUUCGUCUUCAUUUGGAAACAGAAAAGAAGAUCACACUUAUGAUAGGGAGGUAGUGAAAAUUUCCUCAUCUGCUGAAAAUCAGAAGGAGAAAAGUCUCCCAGAGAACAGACGGACCAGAGGCAGAAGUAAUGGAAGAUCUCAUAGAAUAGAUAGUCUGUAUGAUACACAACACAGAAGAAAGUUAGGAAAACCAAACAUCACUCAGACAGCUUCACUGGAGAACUUCGAAAAAUGCAAACCAAGUACAAACACUGCCUUGCGAAUAUCAAGAAACCUUGAUCAGAGCAAGUACAAUCAGUAUGACAGUCAUGGUACGGUUAGUCACUCAGGGCAAACUUCUAGUCAAGAUUUUCCAAGCGCCCCUGAAGUCUUACCAACAAUAGUGGUUAGUCAUAGUGAGACUGACUUACAGAGUAAUAACUCCACUAAAUCUCCACAGGCUGUCGUGGUCAAUCCUUGUAGUGCUCCACCAGAUCAGAGCUCUAAUAUCCAGGUUGUUCAGAACAUUACAGUACCCAUAAUACAGCUUAAUAAUGGGCAGAUAAUGGCCAUGCAGCAGAUAGGGAGUGCAGCCAAUCAGGUUUUCUCUUUGACCCCUUUAGCGGUCAAUCAAUUGUUGGGUGCACAAGAGUCCACAUGUCAAGUUACAACCAAUUCUAGUCUGUCUGCUGAAGGACUGAUGCAGGUGUUUUCUCCGGGCUCCUACAUCUCCAUCCUUCCACAGCCCUUAAUUCAACAAGCCCCAAUGUCAACGACUGAAACAAUUGUUCCUAGUAUGACAUCUCAUUCGUGUGAAAACCAAAGUUUUACAGCAGAUGAUAACAGUGUCCUGCCCUCUGUAGAGGGUAGUCAUUCAAACCAACCUGCUAAUUCAAACCAACCUGCUAUUGCCCCAUCUUUGUAUUACACCAACAUCACCAGACCACACCCUAAUUCCAACAUGUCGUCUGCUCUCCUUACUUCCACAACUACUGCGAUAGAAUCAUCAAUUUCCUUUUCAGACUCUCUUAAGUAUAAACACAAAUUGAAGGCCUCUAAGAGGGACCACCAUUCCCGAAACCUGAAUGAUAGUACCUCCCAGAUAGAUGUACAGAGUAUAGAACUGGAUGACACGAGUUACGAUUUUAACAUUCAGGACAGUGGUCUCAUCUCCAAGGAGGCUAUGGGUGAGAGGGGGUCACAUUUGUAACCCUGUUAUUGCACAAAUUCUUCUGGAAUAUAAACAGGAUCCUGUACUGUAAUAAGAAUGAUGGAAAGUGCUAUUUUACUUGUAGUCAUAUUUCUUUUCUUAGUCUCUGCAAUUGCAGUUGUCUUUCUUUUGAUGACAAUGAAUUUAACAGUUUCUACUGGCAUAUUGAUAUAUUAUUCUCAAACAGAGACUGCACAGGCGCUGAUUUUUAGGGCUGAUAUUUGUAAUGAUGACUGAGUUAUGUGUGUGAAAUGCUUAUUUUGAUGUUGAAAUGUUUGAAAUAUUCAAGAUUGUUUCAUAUAUAUACAUGUACAUGUAUUUUAAGAAAAUACUGAAUAUUCAUUGUAACUUGUCUAUUACUGAAUGUUAUAUAAUCCAAGGAUUGGAAUACUAUAAUGAUGUACUUCUGGUUAAGAGGCUAAAUCAGGCUAAGCCUACUGCCAAUCUAUUUAUUUAAAGUAGGGAUGUCAAAGAGUACUCGACUAUCACUUGGUCAUACCGAUCAUCGACUAAAUUUUUCACAGUCGAGUACUUGUUAAAAAAAACUUUUUUUUAAUAAUGUUCAUAAAUUCUAAACACCAUGUUUUUGUGAGUAAAAAUCAUGUAAAGGUAAAGUCAAGCUGGUUUUAAUUCGUUCAAGUUUAAAUCGAUCAUUUGAGUUUGGAUGUCGAUCUGUAAACAUGCCUCUGAAAAUCCACUGUUUGGACAUACUUUAGAAGAUCUCAUGAUGGAAAAAUGGUGACAUGUACUGAUGACUUAGGUACACUUGUACCCUGUCAGUCUGGUGUUGUUGUUUUUUUUUUUUACCGAGUACUCGACUAUCGCUCGACUAAAGCCUCCGAAUAUUCGACUAGGCUAUCCGAGUAAAAUUGACAUCCCUAAUUUAAAGACAACACUUAAUUCAAUGAUAUUUAAACUGGGUGAAUAUACAUAUCUUUAAUACAAGACAGACAGUCCAAAAUAAACAGGUCGCAUAGUGUAAGACUAUCGGAAUACACGGCUAUUAUUUUAUUGCUUUUCUUGUUGUUAUUAUUUUUUAUACUCUUGAUGUGUUUUGUUAUGCUCACAAUGUGUUAAAGUUUCUUCGUUAUUGCUUGGCUUAUCGAAAAAUAAGAUAUGUACUGCCAAAACGCUGAUUUUUCAAGGGUGACUAAAUUCGUGGUGUGCACACGUACAUGAUUUCAAAUCUUCCAAUCAAUAAAAUCAUGAACCAUUGUUUAAAAAAAGCUAACUCUUUCUAGGCAUCUGAUCUCACCUCUGGUAUGUCCAAGGAUCCGUGUUUGCCAAACCCUUAAUUUUAUAUUCCUUAUAGGGGUUAUGAGAUUGGUCACUUUUCGUUAUCUUCCCCUGUUCAUCGUAAAAAAAAAAAAAAAGGACAACUCUAUAAACACGAAAUAAUACCUCCCACGAAAGUGCAUUUUCCGAGACGACGAAAAUUUGAUUCCACGGAAAUAAAUGAUUUUUAUAGUGCAGGCUUUAUCUAGUGAUUGUGUUGUGCAAUAUUUUUGUUUUGAUAAAGUAUUCAUUAUUAAAGUGUUUACUGGA